UGGGCAGUAAUCAUGUGUCCAUGUGGGAUUGUUUACAGCCUUAAAUGUAAUCUGCGAGCUGAGAGCCCUCAUGACUUUGCUGAUUUGCUGCUGUCAUGGAAACACAUGCCGAAUGUGGUAAUUUAUGACUUUGCCAGGGGUCUUGCCACACAUACUAAUCUCAGGGUACCAGAAAAGCUGCCCUUCUCUCCAUUUGAAGGACGUUUAGCUGAACCUACUGAAAGCAGCCUAGCACUGGCCACAUGCGGAAAGCUGAAAGUGUCCCUACCUUGGCUGAACACUAAAAAGGUAAUGGCAGAUCCAGAUGGUCAUCUCACAACGGGUUCUUCUGAUCAUUAUGCACUGUAUGAUAGAUUUCAUGAGAGCAAUACCAAAGACCGUAGGGAUAUCCUGAGGAAACUCACCUUGGUACCACAGCUGGCUGGGAGGGUGAAUAGUCAGGUUGCUGAACAACUGUUUGCUAAGAUGAGGAAAAACAACUACUUCUUGAAUAUGACAAUGCCAUCAACCCAUCUCUUUCAAAUGAGGAACAUAAUUCAUCACUACAAUCAAAACAGGAACAACAACAUUUUAAACAGGCUAAAGAAGACUUUUGGGUCUGAAAUGGUGAUGAAUGUUCAUGGACUGGCCACGUUCGGUAAUAUUGUUUUUGACAUCUUUUUUUCAACAUGUAAAACUAUUGUGAAAUUUAAAUUUAUUUUUAUUUGUUUAAAAGACAGGAUUUGAAUGCUUCUACUGUCUAGUUUACUUACAUGUUCAUUUUCACGUUGAUAUAUGUAUUGAAACAGGAAAUCCAGAUGUGCAUCCAGAGGAAACAAAUCCUGAUAUGGACAGGGCCUCUUCCCUUGCUAACAUUGCAACAGUUGCAAGAGGUGUGUUUUUGCUACUUAUUGCAAGAUGUAAGUUUAUGUCUUCUGAUUCACACUCUAAUAUCUUUUUUUUGUUUGUUUGCUUUUUGAUUAUUGAAACCAAAUCAGAGGAGAACCCUGCUCUGAUAAAUGUUAAGACUGCCUCAACUAAAGAAUACCCGAUUAUGUAUCAGAUUCAAGACCUGUCUGCCAGUAGAACUUGCUGGGAUUGUCAGCCAAGCAAUGAACAAAUACAAAUGGUAUGUUGUACUACACAGAUUAUUAAUUCAGUA